GGGGUAGCCCAGUCCAGAGAUUCUUUGACUUCCACUGCCAUGUAGUGGAGAGGAGUCUCCGUUCCGUCUUUCGCGGCUCUGGCAAGAAGGCAUGGAGAAGGGCAAGGGCUUGGCUCGAAAAUGGGCGGUGGAAUUCGCCGAGAAUACUUCUUCUUCUUCUUACUCAGGCGUUCCAGAUCCUAUCGGUUUCAAUCGAUCUAUUCAAGAUCUCGACGACGCUAAUGGGGGAAGGCAGAAGAAGGACGCGGAGGCGGCGUGGAAGUCGCAGAAAGCUUGGGAAGUGGCUCAAGCACCGUUGAAGAACUUGUUUAUGAUGGGCUUCAUGAUGUGGAUGGCUGGAAGCACAGUCCACUUGUUCAGUAUUGGCAUAACAUUCUCUGCUCUUUGGCAGCCAAUAAGCGCCCUUCAAGGUGUCGGAAAGGUUUUUGAACCUUACAAAGAUUCAAGGGUGGAUAUUCUGGCACCCAAGUUGCUAUUCAUUGCCCUUAACUUGGUUGGUCUGGCCUUGGGUGUAUGGAAGCUGAAUACAUUGGGUCUUCUUCCAACGCAUGCAUCAGACUGGGUUUCAUCUCUACCCCCUGCUCAGGAGGUCGAGUUUUCUGGUGGGGUUCUUCCAACGUAUUGAUGUUCUAAUGCCUAAUCUCUAUUCACUGCAUCGAACUAGUUGAAGAUGUGGAAUCUUGGUACGUUGGAUGCUGAUGCUGAUGCUGGUGCUAGAUCAAAUUUUUUGCUCUCGGAGGUUUUGAUAGCUUGAUGUGCUAGUGGACUUUUGCUUGUGUAGUUUUACAGUUUCUCGUUGUUUUAUGCUAUAUGCAUGGCUCCAUUUUUCUUCUUUUCAAAGAACCAAGUUAACCUUAUUAUGUUAUGUUUAUUGACUAGAAUGUGCAUUUUGGGUGUGUUUUUACAGUCAUAAUUGAGAGAUCUAUGUUAAUUAUAGUUUGUGAUACA